AUGAUCUGUUGCCAGACCCGGUCAGGGUGUGCAGCAGUCGUCAAGGAAGAUCCGCACUGCGCAAACAAUGCGACCUGGGAUUUGUACUACAACAAUGGUGCUUACUUUUGCUGUCUGCACGGGAAGCAGGCCUUUGUGGAAACGUUCCCUGGGGAUGGUGGAGCAGGCAUUGGGUGCGCAGAUGGGGAGCUGGAUAAUGCGUCUCAAAGUUUACUGCAGGUUAUUGCAACAGGCACUGGAUCCGCAUCACCAACACUAUCCACAUCGCCAACAAAAUCCGAAUCCGCGACACCAACCGAAAUAGACACGGAUGCCCCAUCACCAACACAAUCCGAGCCGGACUCGUCUUCGAACAAUGCUGGAACUAUUGCUGGGAGUGUUGUUGGUGGCUGUGCGGGAGUUGCGCUCAUAAUUGCACUGCUUUGGUUUCUGAUGCGGCGUCGACGGAAACAGGAUGUAUCUGGGACAAGCCCCAAUGCGAGCACACUGGUUCAGGAUUCCAAAGGUGUAUAUAGAGCAGAGCUUGCCAACAAUCCUGUCAGAUCAGAGCUAUCCGGCAGCCCUAAUACCGUGGCCCAUGAACUGCCUGUGAAUACAAGCCAGUAG